GUCCUACUCAUAAAACAUUCGUGUCGUGUUUUCUUUUUCUCUUUUUUCUUAUUCUGGAAGAAAGUUUUCCUCUCCGAACAGGUCUGAGAUCUCAAAAUUUUGAAUUGGCUGGCUUCGCGAACCCACCAAAAGAAAAAGAAGCUGGGUCUGCUCUGUUUCAAUUGCAAUGUCUUCUCCUGCUGAAUAUUAUAAGUCUCUUCCACCCAUAAGCAAGGCUUUUGGGACCCUUUGCCUUCUGAUGACCACAGCCUAUCAGUUUAAGCUGUAUGAUCUUCAAAAUAUUGCGUUAAUAUAUAAACCUGUGUUCACACAUUUUCAGGUGUGGAGGCUUAUUACAAAUUUCUUUUUCCUUGGCAAUUUCUCUAUCAAUUUUGGAAUCCGCCUAUUAAUGAUAGCUAGAUAUGGAGUUCAGCUUGAGAAGGGACCAUUUGAUAGGCGGACAGCAGACUUUUUGUGGAUGAUGAUAUUUGGAUCCUUUUCAUUGUUGGUAUUAUCAGCAAUCCCUAUAUUUUGGUCCCCCUUCUUAGGAAUAUCACUUGUGUUCAUGCUUCUCUAUGUCUGGAGUAGAGAGUUUCCAAAUGCCCAAAUCAACAUAUAUGGCCUUGUGACUUUUAAGGCAUUUUAUCUACCAUGGACCAUGCUUGCUAUGGAUGUUAUUUUCGGUUCACCGCUUAUGCCAGAUUUGCUAGGAAUCAUUGCAGGGCAUCUGUAUUACUUCUUGACAGUGUUGCAUCCACUUGCUGGUGGCAAAAACAUACUGGAGACUCCAAUGUGGGUACAUAAAAUAGUCGCAAGGUGGCAGAUAGGAGCUCAGCCAAUCAGUCGUGCCCAGCCUGCAGGUCGUGCCCAACCUGAACCGACAACUGGUACGACUUUCAGGGGAAGGUCUUAUCGACUUAGUGAUUAACUCUGCUACCUUUUACCAUAGGAUCAGAAGAUUUCCUAUUAUUUCCAACAUCUUUGCCGUUUUUUGGAUGACACCACUAACUGGGGAAGUGAAGUAUUUGAUGAUUGUGCUUGGGAAAUGUUUCAGCAACAUGAUCCUGACAAUUGCAUUUCAACCUUCACCAUUUUUCUAUUUCUCAUUAUUCAAAUGUCUUUUCAAGUAGAAUUCUCUCUCUUUUUGGGUAGAACUGAAAGAAAAUAUGUUACAGAAUAGUUGGUGGAUCCUUUUGGAAGCUUGCUAUUUUUCAAUUCAAUUUUUUUACUACUGUAUGGGACAUGGUAACUGGUAUGGUCUUAGCACAAGAGAAUUGCUAAAAUUUAGUGCAACACAAACUAUUUAACAUUUAA